AUGGCACUAUUUAGUGCCACAAAUCUCGGCUACAAGUCCGUCAAUUUCGCCGGUUCACUGAGGCUCGGGCCCAACAGCCAGCCCAAGAGAAUCAAAACCACCCAACUUUUGAAGAACCCUAGAAGAUUGUCUCUCUACUAUGUCAAUCUCCUCGCCAUCAGAGUCGGGAGAAAGGUCGUCGCAAUUCCUCCCUCUGUCUUCGCCUUCGAUCACAACACCGGUGCCGGCACCGUUUUCGAUUCAGGCACGGUGUUCACGAUCCUGGUGAAGCCGGUGUACGUGGCGGUGAGGGACGAGGUGGCCGGCAGUUGUGGCUGACGGCGGUGCUCUCCACCGGGGAAUAAGGGGGCGGCGUCAGUCUUGG